CGCCGCACUGAGCCGCGUGUGACCUUCCCGCCCGCGGAGCGAUGCUGCCGGCGGCCGCCUGCUAUCUGUGGGGGCCGCGCCUCGGGCUCCGGGGCGCCGCGCUCCGCCUCGCCAGGCAACAGGUGCCGAGUGUUUGUGCAACGCGGCAAAUGAGGAGCAGCAGCCACCGAAAGGGUGAGGCGCUCGCAGGUGCACCUCUGGAUAACGCCCCCAAGGAAUACCCCCCCAAGAUCCAGCAGCUGGUCCAGGACAUUGCCGGCCUUACGCUCUUGGAGAUCUCGGACCUCAACGAGCUCCUGAAGAAAACGUUGAAGAUCCAGGAUGUCAGUCUCAUGCCAAUGGGUGGCAUGGUGCCUGGUGCUGUCCCUGAUGCAGCAGCCCCUGAGGUGGCAGAAGAAGAAGACCUCCCCAAACAGAAAGAACGAACACAUUUCACUGUCCGCCUGACAGAGGCAAAGCCUGUGGAUAAAGUGAAACUGAUCAAGGAGAUCAAGAACUACAUCCAGGGCAUAAACCUCGUUCAGGCCAAGAAGCUGGUGGAAUCACUGCCCCAGGAAAUCAAAGCAAAUGUCGCCAAAGCUGAGGCUGAGAAGAUCAAGGCGGCCCUGGAAGCAGUGGGCGGCACCGUGGUUCUGGAGUAGCUCCCUGCUUUAAGGAUUUGUGGACUGGGGUCCUUGGGACCCAGGAGAAGUUCUACCCAAUCCCACGCCACCCCCAGCACUAAGCAUCCAGAUGGGGCAGGAGCUUCUGGUUGAGGCUGUCUGGGAGGGAAAGGUUGGACCUCCUGUGAUGGGGAGGGAGGGGCAGCCACUGCCUAUAUGGGGCACAAAGAGCAGCUCUGGAACUUACCGGGUUAACAUGCCCUUCUGUAGCUGCUGAGAAAAAUACACUGUUCAGGCUCUGUGCAAAGUGGUGUGCUCAGGGCUGGUGGUGUGAAGGACCACCUGGGGUGUGGCAGCAUGGGGCUUUUCCAGGCUGCUCUUGCCCCUUGCCACCCUUCCCUAUCCAGGACAUUUCAUUUGAGGAGGUACAGACAUUCAUCAGUUCCCCUGUGUAGGGUCUUGUCCUCUGGGGCCCACAGCUGGUUGUAUCUGUGUAGACACAGCAAGACCUGGUGUGAGGCUGUGGGGUGGGAUGUUGUCUAGGGUUUGGGUGUGAAACUUCCCUGUGUUUAGGUGCUGGCCCUGGUGUUUAAAAUGGCACACAGUGCGGCACUGGCCAAUCAACCAAGCCAGUCUUGGGGCUAGCAGUGUAUCUCCCAGCUGAAGGAGGGUGGGAGCUGAGCUGUUGAUCCAAGUACCUAGGGGGAUGCACAGGACUAAGGGGGCACACUUGCCAUCUGCUGGGUUGGGAAUGUUGUGUUAUGGGGACCAUUGGGGACUUUAUGACUGGGCAGAAUGGCAGGAGGGGCAUGUGUGUGUGUAGGACCUGGCAGUGCUCACAGGUGAGGCAUGAAGUAGCUGGUACUAGACAGGGCUGCUGUCAGGCUAGAGACCCUUUCAGGGUCAUUGGCCUCCAGUCUCAUGCCCGCCCAUUUGCAGUGGAGCCUGGGAGUGGGUUCCUUCCUAGUAAGCCUUUACAGGCAUUGCCCAGGGGCUCAGGAGUACACAGAAAGCUGGUAGCAUAACCCACUCAGCUCAGAACCUUUGUGGUCUCCUUUGAGAGGCCAGAAGGAGGCACUGUGGGAUUGCUGUCCUACGAGGCAUGACUAUCUGAGGAAGCUAGCAGGCUCCAGUGCAGGCAGUCCACUAUGCAAAGUGUCCCUGACUGGACCUCCUGGACUCUACCCUGUAGGUCCCAACCUGCCAGUAAGCUCCUUGGGUUAAUUCUCCACCCACACAUCUCUGCACCUUUCCCUCCACAGAGGUGACAUGACCAAAGGCCUGGGUGCAACCUGCCAGGUGCCCUGCUGACCCAGAAGAAGGCAGCAUAAAGGUCUGGGCUCAGGGAUGGACCAAGCCCAGGCCCCUCCUAUGGUCUGCAGAGUCCCUCUAAUCUGAGCUUCAUCUCUGUAUGGAGUUAUGCCCCAUAAAGGUCCUUCUGUAUCCUCCUGGACUCCUGAAAUGGGGCUGACCUUGACGUCUUGGGCCAUUGAGUUAGCCUCAUGUCACCUGCUAGAAGGUGGUACCUGUCCUUCUGAAUAUACAUGCCUGCUGGGUGCUCUGCUCCUGAUCACCCUCUUAGAUACUUGAAGGUAGCUGUAAGGACCCUGGACCUGAGGGAUUGGGGGUACAGCUCAGUAGUAGAGCACUUGCCUGGUAUGUGGAGGACCCUGGGUUCCAGCCCAAAAAAUAGACCGUAUCUUUCUUGGGUAGUUCCUUCUACAACAGAGGGGUGGCGAGUAGCUCAAGUGGUAGAGCACCUGCCUAGCAAGUGUGAGGCCCAAAGUUCAAACCCCAGUACUGCCAAAAGAUAGAACUGCCUCAUCUGAAAAUAGGUUUGAUGUGAACAGUGUUGGGUAGGGUGUGGCCCUGAGUUCCUGGAGGGCUCUUGGCCUUUACCCUUUGGGCCUAUCUACUGGAGGUGGUUCUGCCAGGCUGACCUAACUAGCAAACUCAGCCCUGAGUUCAAACCCCAAUCCCACCAAAAGAAAAAUCAACAGAAUGAUGAAUGACUGGAGGUGUGGCUCAAGCAGUAGAAGGCCUGCUUUGCAAGCAUUCCACCUUCAUCCAUGUUGGGUCAAAUGGGACCAAGAGCAGGCCCACAGCCAGCUGACUCCUACCCCCAGAGACUCCCACUUAAUGAAUUUCUUGCUAUCUGCCCUUGGUUAGGCAUCCACCCUGAGGCACUGGCUGUAUGCCAAGGACUCGGGUAUAACAUUCUGUGGGCAUUGAUCCCUAUCCAGAGUCUGGCUGGUGUUAGUAACAUUGUCCAACUAUCUCAGCUACCAGGGUCUCCUUAAGUGGCCCAAGCAGACAAACAGUCCUGCUGUUUGCGGUGGCUCACUCCUGUAAUUCUAUGUACUUGGGAAGCUGAGAUCAGGAGGAUCAUGGUUCCAGGCCAACUGAGGCAAA